UAGGGUUCUAAGGAAAAAUGCCUGUAGAUCUUCCUGGAUUUUACUUCGACAUCGAGCGGAAUCGGUACUUCCCGAUCUCGCGGAAGCCGGAGGAAGCGCCAGCGCCGGCGGCAACUCCAGAGGCUGGGAAGAAGAAAGUCAUUCCGAUUCCAAAGCUACUGCUCGACAGGGAAAUCUUCCCAAGGAAUCCAGUGUUCUUCCGACGAUCUACAGUGGAAACAUUCUCAGUUCGUCCUCAGACAUGGAGAUAUGGUGUCAUUACGCCCCAGUGCGCUGUGGGCUGGGGAUAUUGCGGCUAUUUCGAAAACAAUGCAGUGUUCAUGGGUAGUUCUCAAGGAGCAGCCUUUGUUGUAUCCGAAACACAUUGUCGUCGUCCAAACGAUCGUUUCUCAAUGAUAAUCCAUCCAUUGCCAAAGAACGAGUCUCUGCUAGAGCCUGGAAGGAGACCGCCAUCUCUCGCUGUAAAUCGCUCCCUAUGCGCCGGUGGUUCUUCCAUGGUUACUGCGAUCAAGACGCUGUCAACCAAGCAAAAUCCACACAAAAUCGCAAUAGUUGCAAGGCUGGGAAAUGCUACUGGCGGCAGCUUGCAAGUACUCGAUCUCGAUACUCUGGCAGUCACAGCCGAUGUGAGGAUAAACUAUACAGUGUGGACCGCGGACAUGUUCCCGUGCGGAACUAAAGCAUCAAUUGGAACGCACACCAGAGCUGGGGUGGUGAACCUGCAAACUGGGCAGCGAAGCUGGAUAUAUCACUGUCCCCACGACGUUUUGUCACAGAAAACCGAUAGCACCGGAAAUAUUGUCGUGUGUGGAUUCCGGAAUGGCUGCAUCUUGUCACUUGAUAUCCGCGAACGGCGGUUUUGGAAGAUGGAUUCAAGGAACAGCAUACGCAUGAAAUCAUCCGUUUGUAGCUUGCUGCUGCUUCCAUCGGAUGAAUCUUACGUGGUAGCCAGUGACAUGAGCGACAGUAUUCGGCUGUGGGAUCGGCGUCUUGUGGGAAGAGGAUGGUUGCGUUCCUUCGAAGGACAUAAGAACUCGUUUUCAUCCCUGCAGCUUGGCAUAGAUCCGACUGGAACGGUUCUUAUGUCAGGAUGUGAAGACAAUGCUGUCAGGAUCUGGAGCUUACGAACUGGCAGCCUGUUACACACAGAAACUGGUAUCAGCUGCACACCGGCGAAACUCGUCUUUCGAGAAUCCGAUGACGACGAACUGUGGAGUACAUGGCUUGCUUCCCGCGAUGAGCUAGUCUACAUGCACGCAUCAUCGCUAUAGAGACUUAAAACGGUGGAGCUUCUCUUUCUCUUUCCUGGAGAACAACUUACAACUUACAAGCGUGUUCUUCCGGCAAGCCUCGCUGCUGCCAGGAGAUUGAGGAAAUUCAUGCCGACCACCACUGCUCUCGCAUUGAACCGAGCCUGGAAUCCCAACUCCAAGUAAGAUAAACAUAAAAAGGAAUGACAAUCACUUACUUCUUCUAA